UGUCACGACCUCACGCGCCACCAAACAGAGAACCAUAACAAUCAUGGAAGAGGACCUUCCGGCGGAGUUCGAUCUAAUCGUGAUAGGAACGGGCCUAACGGAAUCGAUCAUUGCUGCUGCGGCAAGUCGAAUCGGAAAAACGGUUCUGCAUCUGGACUCCAAUGAUUACUACGGCGGUUAUUGGGCAUCGUUUAACUUCGAAUCAUUCCGGAAGUACCUCCGUUCCGAUGAACAAAAACCGGAGCCUGUGGAAGCUCCGGUUCAACAGGACUUUCUUCUGCUCCGCCGCCAACCAACGGCCGUACAGAAUGGUCGCGAACAGUGGUACGAUUUCAAGGGCCACGGUGACGUGGAUGGUUGGAACCAGGAGCGGAUUGAGCAAGAGUUUCGCCGUUUUAACAUCGAUUUGACACCAAAGUUAAUGUAUGCUCGCGGAUCGCUCGUGGAGUUGCUUAUAUCUUCCAAUAUUUGCCGAUAUGCCGAGUUCCGGGCUCUCGAUCGGGUCGCCACGGUUUGGGAGGGCCGCAUCAUGACCGUUCCCUGUUCACGGUCGGACGUCUUCACCAGCAAAGACGUGAAUGUAAUUGAAAAGCGCCUGUUGAUGAAGUUCCUUCAAAGUUGUGCUGCUUAUGAUGACGGAAGUGAGGGAGAGGACCACCUGGAGGGUGGCGGCGUGCCGGAGGAUAAAACUUUUCUGGAACACCUGCAGAGCCACAAACUGACUCCGAAUCUGAUUCACUACGUGCUGUACGCGAUAGCGAUGGGAGAUGAUCGCACGGGUUGUCGCGAGGGGAUGGCAGGUGUGAAGAAGUUCCUCAUGAGCCUUGGCCACUACGGUAACAGCCCGUUUCUUUUCCCUGUGUACGGGUGCGGGGAGAUUCCACAAUGCUUUUGCAGAUUGUGUGCCGUUUUCGGUGGCAUUUAUUGUUUGAACAAAGCGAUUGGCGGUAUUCAGUUGAGCAGGGAAGCGACGGAACGGAGCUACGAAUCGGUCAAAUGUGGCAAGCAGAACAUCAAAUCAAAAGAUUUAGUCGUCGGACAAGGAUACUUGGGGUGUGAAGUGUUUUUGCACGAUAAAGGCAGUGUAAAAAAACGCAGCUCGGUUUGUGGAAAACUGGCGCGAGCCGUCAUACUAACGAAUGUGCCUUUUGGAGGAGUUUCACAAAAUCCCGGAGGAGGUGGAGUGGCGAUUAUGAAGCUACCACCGGUUGACGGGCAGCCGGCGGGGGCCACGAUACUACAGCUGGCGCAUUCCAGUGGCACUUGUCCCAAAGAAAUUUUUCUAAUCCACAUAACAUCGGUAGCUGUAACGGAAAAUCCUGAAAGCGACCUCAAACCUUAUGUGAAACAAAUUCUCAGCAACGAGUAUCCCAAAGCAACCGAAUCGACCGUGACGCCGGAAAAUGCCUCAGCGGAGCCGAUUGAAAACACGGUGUCGACCAUUUUGUACGAGGCAUACUUUAAUAUUCCAACCUGUGGCGUAUGCGAACAGGCAACCGAUGGGUCUCUUCCAGCCGGCAUACAUUUAACCUGUGGCCCGUUCCAUGAGCUCGACUACGAUCAGAGCAUUCAGCAAGCGAAAACAAUCUUCCUAGAGCUGUACCCCGACGAGGAGUUCUUGCCACGGGCACCGGACCCGGAAGAGAUCAUCAUUGGUGAGGAGGAACCGGUUCAAGCACAGGCGGAUACAUCGCUGCUAGAUGAUGGCGCACCGAUUGACAAUGCGAGCGAGUGUCGUGAUACGGAAUCGGAUUCUGGGCUCGCACUGGAAGCUAAGGAAGAAGCUGUUGAUAAGGCUGAAGAGUGCACUGAAUCGAAGUGAGGGGGGAAACACGAUCCCAACAGUACACUGCGCUCAUUAACUGCCAGCUGAAUACGCUUGAUGUUUACUAAGAAUGUGUAUGAUGUACUACUCUGAUAUGCUAUCGCUUUUUGCCUACCGAACCACAUUUGAAAUAAA